GACGUGAAGAUGUCUGAGCAGGUUGAUUUGUCUACCAUACCCGUCUCGCCCGAGGGUGGCAACAACGCCUCUGCCUCCACCGACGCCGCUCCCUCCACGGAUGCUAAGCCAGUCACUGUCUUCGACGACAAGGAUAACUUCAACGUGAAGCACCCUCUGGCCAACAACUGGACCCUGUGGUUUACCAAGCCCUCGUCUGGCAAGGGUGACAACUGGAACGAUCUCUUGAAGCAGGUGAUCACCUUCAACUCGGUCGAGGAGUUCUGGGGUAUCUAUAACAACAUUGCUCCCGUCUCCGAGCUCGCCCUCAAGUCUGAUUACCACCUGUUUAAGGCUGGUGUGCGACCUGAGUGGGAGGAUCCCCAGAACAAGCACGGCGGCAAGUGGUCUUACCAGUUCAAGGAGAAGCGCAAUGUCAAUAUCGAUGAGCUCUGGCUGCACAUAAUGCUUGCAGCCAUUGGCAACACUCUCGAGGAUGAGGAGGACGGUGAGGUGAUGGGCGUUGUCGUCAACGUUCGCAAGGCCUUCUACCGUAUCGGUGUCUGGACCCGUACCGUUGGUAAGGCCAUUCCCAACCGCGGCGACGGCGAUGUCUCUGGUGGUAAGGGGCGCACUCCCGAGAAGGGCAAGGAGGUCCUUUUCACCAUCGGCAAAAGGGUCAAGGACGUCCUGAAGCUGCCCGCCAGUGAGCAGGUUGAGUUCUCCAGCCACACCGAGGCUGCGCAUGCUGGCAGUACACGGGCUAGGGCUAAAAUGGCGGUCUGAUUACGUUGCUGUCAUGCUCUGUUUACCAUAUCGACCUUAGCACAUCCUUUGGGCAUCAUCACCUCUUGACGCUUCUACUAUGCCAUGCAUAACCACGAAGCAGACGGCGCUGUCUACCCCUUUGUCCACCACUCAUCACAGGAAAUAGGAGGACAAAUGGUCUCGGAGGAGGAGGGAACAUGGCGCUGCUAGCCAUUGGCAAUACCUCUGCACAAAAUUUUAUUAGGCGGCUAUAUGCCUGGAGCGAUACCUGGGCCCUUCCAGGACUGGCCUGGACAAAAAGCUUUGAUGAAGGAAAUGGAGACACGAUAAGAGGAACAAACUAUGUGUCGCACCGGAGAGGCUUGCUAUUAUAAUGAAGUCAGUUUUCUUAGAGGAGAGAUUUUACCAUGAUCAAUUUCUAGCGACAAAAAAAUGGGAACCGAUAUCUCU